CCGAGAAGCCGAUGACCACCGCUUCUGGUUUCCUGAAAAUUUCCCAAAUGGAUAUUGUUAAUAGGAAAAUACAUUGUCAGGAAUCUUAUAUUUAUUAAUAGAAAACAAACGGUAAAGUCCUUGUUUAGUAUAGUCGGUCAAUACACGCUAUAUUAAGGUCCCCUGACUGCUGGGGUACAUUUUAUUAGCCCCUUUAAUACCUUUUAUUAUCAAUAUUACUCUUACUCAGAGUACAAAGGGGGCAUUAUUACUGCAUGGGGUCAUUAAAAGAUGCAGGGACUGUGAGAGGCCCAUAGGGGGCACAAAAAGGGUGAUACUAUUAUGGCGUGCAACACAAAUCGAGGCCAGACGAAGCACAUGAUCUCUGUGCGUGAAACCGCCGGCAGUCGCCUCUGAGCGCCACACGCUAAGCAUGUUUGCCAGCCUGACGGAGGACCUGUGAGAGGAGCCGGUUGUCUUGUACCAUUGCGUGACAUAGCAGAGCCGGUCAUCCACGAGCAGCCAUCACUUCUGUAUACAAGAUGGACGCCCCGUCUAACACCAAGAGCGGGGGCUUAAGGUUUGCGGAGCAGCAUAUGCAGCGGCACGGCUGGAGUGAAGGAAAAGGUCUUGGAAAACGUGAGGACGGGAUCUCUGAAGCCAUAAAAGUCAAAGUGAAGUGUGACACGGCUGGGGUCGGACAUAACUCCGCAGAGCAGUUCACCUUCCAUUGGUGGGAUCACGUGUUCAAUAAGACCGCGUCCAGCAUCUCUGUGGAGCCGGAUCAGGACGGUGUGAAGGUGAAGAAGCUGUCGGAAGAAGCCGCUCCUGUGUCCAGUAAGAAGCCAAGGAAGGCCAUGCUGAGCCGCGACAUGCUGUACGGGCGAUUUAUUAAGUCCGCCACGCUGACGUCGGGUGGGGAGAAGCCGGUGCAGGACUCGUCGUCUUCAGACACCAGUGACAGCAGUGACGAUGAGGAUUCCAAACUUGAUCUAUCAUCUGCAGCCAAGUUGUCUGACGAGACCCUCAUGAAGGUCUGCGGUGGGCGGACGGCUCACAAAGGGGCGAGACAUGGACUGACCAUGAGCGCCAAACUCUCCAGAAUCGAAGAGCAGGAAAGAGAAUUUAUGGAAAAGUACGGCAAGAAGGAAAUUAAGCAGCAACCGCUGGAAGAGUUCAAUGGUAAUGACAAGAAGAUGAGCACAAGAAUAAGACAGAAGGAAGGAAAUGUAGCCGGUGAAGAACAGGACGGUCCCUCUAAAGUGCCAAAGAAAAAAAAGAAGAGAAGAAAGGAAGAUCGUGAAGAACUGGAGGAAGAUGCGCCCAAUGGUCAUGAACACAUUCCUUCUAUGGAGGAGGAUGCAGUGACCCCGAUUAGGAAGAGGAGUAAGGCCUCAGACAAUACAGACAUGGCUGACGAAACCGAGGUCGUCGAUGACCACAAAAAUGACCUUUCUGUAGAAGAUGAAGACACCAGACGGGCAAAGAAGAAGAAAAAUAAGAGAAGAAAGGAGGAACGUGAAGAACUAGAGGAAGAUGCGCCCAAUGGUCAUGGCCAAGAACAUGUUCCUUCUAUGGAGGAGGAUGCAGUGACCUGGAGGAAGAAGAGGAGUAAGGUUCCAGACAACACAAACAUGGUCCUUGGUGACCACAAAAAUGACCUUUCGGUAGAAGAAGACACCAGACGGGCAAAGAAGAAGGAAAAAAGGAAAACCGAGCGUGAAGAGUCUGUGAUGUCCAAUGGUUACAUAGAUAAUGGUGUUCACCAGGGACAUUCCAGAGAUGAAGAGGAAGAACAUGAAAAGACAGGAGAGGAGGUCGGAACGUCCAAGAAGAAGAAAAAGAAAGAGAGAAGAGCAGAAGUGAGUGAAGAGUUGGCCGAGGCUGAAGAGCAGUCGAGAAACCAUAACGAGUCGACGGUGGAAGAAGAAAAUGGAGAACGAACGAAAAGGAAGAAGAAGAAACGGGAAGAUAAUGAUGAACCUGAGGACGGAGAAGACUAUAAAGCCACCAAGAAGAAAAAGAAAUCGAAAAGCCGAGACUGAGACUGAGCAGUGUCCAGCGAGCGAAGAAUAGGAGAGGGCUUGUCACGUUGUGGCUGCGUCAGGACUGGAUCUUAGAAGUCUGUGGGAAAUACAAUGUAUAGAGGCCAUUUUUAUUCCUUUGGAACUAAUCUGAUACGUGAAAGCAGUGUUUUUGCAAUCAGUGUGCCUCCAGCUGUUGCAAAACUACAACUCCCAGCAUGUCCGGACAGCGGCAUGCUGGGAGUUGUAGUUUUGCAACACCUGGAGCCUCCACAAACUGGAAAACAGGGACCUUGCUAUAACACUCACUGGUCACUUGAUAAAGGAACCAGACUACACCUA